AUGAGUAUUGGCAGAAGCAAUUUGGCAUGUCAAAUUCGCCAUUCAGUGUACACAUUCUACCAUGAAUUCCAGGCAAGCCACUAUCCAGACGUCUUCAUGCGAGAAGCGCUAGCGCUCAGAUUGGACCUGUUGGAGAGCCGAGUACAGGUGUGGUUCCAAAAUCGCCGUGCUAAGUGGAGGAAGAAGGAGAACAUAAAGAGUGGAUCGAAUGUGAAACACGACAAAGACUGUGGUGCGUUUUCGAUCGAGAAUCUCUUGGCAGCUAGUCGAGUACCGCGUGGACGACGACCAAACGCCAAGUACCCCAGAGUUCAGGCUUGUAAGAACCUUUCGCCGUUCAUGUUGCCGUUGUUCCCGAUCACACAGCCGGCUGGUAGAAGGAUUUGCGAGCCAUCACCACUGACGCAGCCACCAGUAUCGCAGCCCACUUCUCAGCAAUCGUCAAGGGACCAACUUACCCAGCUUCUGCUUGGUACAUAG